GGACCAACAGAAUGCAUGGGGGUGAAGGAGCAAAGGGUCAUAGGGGUUCCCCGCCCCCCAUUUCCCUCCCCGCUUUCUCCCUUGCAAGCUGAUUCCCUCCCUGGUUUCCCAGCUGCCGUGGGUCUGACCGAAGAACAGAAGGAGUUUCAGAAAGUGGCUUUCGACUUUGCUGCCAGAGAGAUGGCCCCGCAUAUGGCAGAAUGGGACGAAAAGGAAAUAUUCCCUGUGCAAACUAUCCGGAAGGCAGCCCAGCUGGGGUUUGGGGGCAUCUACGUGAAGCCAGACGUGGGGGGCUCCGGACUGACUCGGCUUGACACCUCCAUCAUCUUCGAGGCUCUGUCGACAGGCUGCGUCAGCACCACGGCUUACCUCAGCAUCCACAAUAUGUGUGCAUGGAUGAUCGACACCUUUGGGAACGAGGAACAGAGGCACAAAUUCUGCCCGUCCCUUUGCAGCAUGGAAAAAUUUGCCUCUUACUGCUUGACGGAGCCCGGAAGCGGAAGCGACGCUGCUUCGUUGCUAACUUCGGCCAAGAAGAACGGCAACGUGUAUGUUCUCAAUGGCUCCAAGGCUUUCAUCAGCGGUGGCGGCGAUGCUGACCUGUAUGUGGUAAUGUGCCGUACCAGCGGGCCGGGUCCCAAGGGCAUCUCCUGCCUGGUGCUGGAGAAGGGCACCCCUGGGUUGAGCUUUGGCAAAAAGGAGAAGAAAGUGGGUUGGAACUCGCAACCGACGCGGGCUGUUGUGUUUGAAGACUGCGCCGUUCCAGAAGCCAACCGGCUAGGAGAGGAAGGGCAGGGCUUCAACAUCGCCAUGCAGGGCCUCAAUGGGGGGAGAAUUAAUAUCGCGUCUUGCUCCUUGGGGGCCGCCCACGCUUCGGUCCUCCUGGCUCGAGAGCAUCUUAACAUCCGCAAACAGUUUGGGGAGCCCUUGGCUACCAAUCAGUACCUCCAGUUCCAGCUGGCUCAGAUGGCGACGCGCUUGGUGGCAGCCCGUCUGAUGGUGCGUAACGCCGCCCGAGCCCUGCAGGAGCAGCGCAAAGAUGCUGUCGCUCUGUGCUCCAUGGCCAAGCUCUUUGCCACCGACGAGUGCUUUGCGAUCUGCAACCAAGCUCUGCAGAUGCACGGGGGCUAUGGCUACCUGAAGGAUUACGCUGUGCAACAGUUUGUGCGAGACAUCAGGGUGCACCAGAUUCUGGAAGGGACCAACGAGAUCAUGAAGAUGAUCAUCGCCAGAAGUCUCUUGCAGGAGUGAGCGUCCGGCUGGUCGUCAGCUGCAAGCUGCUUGGGGACUGUGGGUUGGGAAGAGGAGACGGCGACGCGCUUUCCCAGCCCGACUCCUUGACCUAAAACCUAGUUUUUGUGGCGGGCAUGGCCUGGCAGGGUGUGCCAAGGCAGGGCCAGGGUGGGGUGGUCUCAACACAGCCUUUUGGCCUUGCAGUGCCAACGUGGCCCCCUUGGAAGAACCCCAGCUCCGGUGCAGAUUCCUCCGGGUUGGAGCUCCGGGGAGAAUCCGGAUUCAUUCUGGAUUCAGCUUAGGCUGGGGAAACCCGUCCACGUGCUUCUUAAAACGCCAGAGAAAGGGGGCUUGUUCUUCCCAAAGAGGGCACCGAUCUCUUCCUGCAGCCAAGGGGCAGCACAGGGAACAAUCUGGCAAUGCUCUCGGUCGGUCGCUCCCUGUUCUCAGCGCCGGGAUGGUGGCAGUCUGAUUUUAAUUUUCGGUUUUUGGGCUGUUGUGUCGGCGGGCGGCGGAAAAGCCUGUUCCCGGGGAAUAGGAUCCGAGAGGAGAGUUUCCCUGAAGCCAACAGCCCGAUGAACCGGGGCCGCGGAUUAUUUCCUUCUUUUGCUAACAUUGGAAUCAAUAAAUGAG